AUGGAAGCUAUUACGGUUGGCACGGCUCUUAUAGUUGCCUUAAAUUGUGAUGCGAUCAUGGAUGAGGAGGUUCAGGACGCGCAACUAUUGGCCGAGGAAGAAGAUGGAACCGCGCAGCUCUUGGCCGCGGAUGGAGAUGAGGCCGCACAGCUUGUACCUGAGGAGAACAUGGCCUUGCCAAGUGGUCCGAUCACUCGCUCACAAACUAAGGCACUAAACCAAGCAAUUGGCAAAGUCCUUAGCUGUUUGAGUCAGCCAGAAUCCAAGCCAACUACUCUAGUGUGCUUGAAGGCCUUACACUUGGGAUAA